GACAAUCAUAAGUUUUUUCAUAUGGUAAAUUGCCAAGUAAGUAAUCCAAAACACGAGUAACAUUUAAAAAAUGUAUAUCAUCUACAUUAACCAAAGUUAUUUUUGUACAAUUUAUUUUUAUCGCAAAUAGGUUUGCUUGUAUUAAGAUCAAACUUAAUCUCGGGUUAUUGGGCUUCAGCGGUAUUGUUGAUAAAACUCGUUAAGUAAAUGUGUAAACGUUAACACUCGCAAAUCUAUUUUUGAUCAUUUUCUAAUGAGUGCUUCGCGUAAAGGUGAUUUUUUAGAUGAAAUCAAGCAGCUAGAAAGUGAUGAUGAGUCAGUUUCCAUUCAGAAAUUUCAAGAAUCCGAAAGAUCAUUUAAUUCUCAAGCCCCUUUAUUAAACAGAAAGAGAAAAUGCAAUAAUGAAAAAGGGUCGAAGUUCGUGUCUAAAAGAGGUUAUGGUGAACUCGGCGAAUUACAACAUUUAUCAGAUCUUAAAAGUCUUUCUGUGUUAAGUGUUUAUCAACAAGACGAUUCAGAAAUAGAAAUGGAUACCAGCAGGGAUUUUAGUGAUAGCAUAGAAUAUGUUAAUAAACCAAAUAUAAACAUAAAUGGAAUCUGUGAUAAUGCUGAUACAAGUGAUACUAAAAAGUGUUGUAAUUGUUCCAAUAGAAAUCCCAAUGAACAGUUAUUAGCUUGUCCUGUUCCAACAAUUUACUUCAACGAUGGGAUUCGAUCUGUUGAUUUUGUGUUAGUUUGGGAUUCCUUUGAACAUGAUGCAACCCUGGAGAAUGCUUAUGUGAAAAGAAGAAAUUUUGAAGAGAAUCUUAUGAAAGAAGGGUUAGAGUUAGAAUAUGAACCUGUUGAACAUAAUGGGUUGAAUUUUGUUAAAAUUCAUGCUCCGAAAGAGGUGCUAAGAAUGUACAGUGAAAUACUUAAGCUUCGAAUGCCUAUGAAAUCUGAUCUAUGUAAAUUACCUAAAGGUUACAACCCAAACCGUAUUUUUACCACCGCGGCAUAUUUACGAAGAAAGGUUCCAGGUCUUGAAGGAAUUCAUCACCGCACAAAUUUUUUAGUUGGAAGUAUAAAAUCUCAAUGGAAUAAAAUCAAAUCGUGGAUUUUAGUAGAUACGGAAACGUUUCCGGAAAAAAGUCAUCGAUUCACUGCCGUUUACAGUCGUGAUAGAGAAUAUUUAUUUGAUGUUGAUUCUCCGUGUUUUUUUACACCCGCCGUUCAUUCUCGUGUUAUCCAAUUUAUCCUCGAUCGUAAAAGAUUUACGAAUAAAGAAGAUGAUGAUUUUGCCUUUGGAAUUGAACGAUUAUUAACUGAUAAGAUUUAUACGGCUGCUUAUCCACUUCAUGAUGGUGAUUUAAAUGAUCGUGGUACAAUGAGACAUCUUUUAUACGAAGAGUGGACAUCUCUUAGAAAAUGGUACAAAUAUCAACCUUUAGAUUAUGUGAAAGAAUAUUUUGGUGUUAAAAUAGCUCUCUAUUUUGCUUGGUUGGGAUUUUACACUCAUAUGUUGUUACCAGCUUCAAUCGUGGGCUUAGCUUGUUUUAUUUAUUCCUGGUUAACUCUUUAUAGUCACCAACCAAGUGAAGAUGUUUGUAAAUCAGAUACUAUAAUAAUGUGUCCGUUAUGUGAUCAUUGGUGUGAUUUUUGGGAUUUAAAAGAAACUUGUGUACAUUCGAGAAUCUCAUAUUUAUUUGAUAAUCCCACUACGGUUUUUUUCGCAAUUUUUAUGUCGUUUUGGGCUACACUUUUUCUUGAAUUAUGGAAACGUUACUCAGCUGAAAUUACACAUCGUUGGGAUUUAACUGGUUUUGAUAUUAAGGAGGAACACCCAAGACCUCAAUAUUUAGCACGAUUAGCGCACGUUAAACGCAAAGAAAUUAACGUUAUCACAAAUACUGAAGAACCUCAUGUGCCUUUUUGGCGAAUGCGAGUUCCUGCGACAAUUCUCAGUUUUUCAGCCGUCCUACUUUUAGUUACUUUGGCAGUAGCCACCGUACUUGGAGUGGUAUUUUAUAGAAUGUCCGUUUUAACAGCUUUAAAAUUUUAUGGUGAUCGAGUAACAACUAGUAAUGCAAUAUUAUUUACAACAAGCACUGCCGCGUGUAUUAAUUUGUGUUGUAUUGUCGUUUUAAAUUGGGUUUAUAAUUUUCUCGCUCAAUACUUAACCGAAUUAGAAUUACAUCGAACACAAACGGAAUUUGAUGAUUCAUUAACUCUCAAGAUUUAUUUAUUACAAUUCGUGAAUUAUUACGCUUCAAUUUUUUAUAUAGCUUUUUUCAAAGGGAAAUUUAUUGGAUCUCCUAAAAAUUAUAAUCGUAUUUUAGGAUAUCGCCAAGAAGAGUUAAAGGCUAUGGCUAUGCAUUGUAAAAGUUUUAAGUUAUUAUGCUUAAUUAUUUACGUUCGACGAGUCCUCGCUUUAAUUGGUACCGUUAAUACUUUACAGUGUGGACCAGGAGGUUGUCUUUUAGAACUAUGUAUUCAAUUAGCGAUAAUCAUGGUUGGAAAACAAGCGAUGAAUACAGCUUUAGAAAUGUUGUUUCCAUUAUUUUAUAAAUGGUUAAAUACUUUAAAAGUAAAAACCGGGAUAAAAGUGAGUCAAGGAUCUCAAAAAAAGGCGAGACCGCAGUGGAUUAAAGAUUUUAAAUUGGUCGAGUGGGGGCCAAGAAGUUUAUUUCCGGAAUAUUUAGAAAUGGUUUUGCAAUAUGGUUUUUUGACCAUAUUCGUCGCCGCGUUUCCUUUAGCGCCGUUUUUCGCGUUAUUAAAUAAUAUUUUAGAGAUGAGACUUGAUGCGCGCAAAUUAUUAUCGUUUUAUCGAAGACCUGUUACUCAAAGAGUUCGAAAUAUUGGCGUUUGGUACCAUAUUUUAGAUUCAAUUGGGAAGCUUUCCGUGGUUACAAAUGGUUUUAUAAUAGCUUUUACAUCAAAUUUCAUCCCUCGAUUAGUUUAUAUGGCAACAGUUAGUUCUGAUCAAUCACUUAAUGGUUACUUAAAUUUUUCUUUAUCAUAUUUCAACACUUCCGAUUUCCAAGUUGCUUCAUAUCCAAAAAAAUCCGAAAAAAAUUAUUCGAUAUGCAGAUAUCCAGAUUAUCGUGAAUCACCGGAAAUAUCUCGAAAUUACGAAACAACGUGGACUUUUUGGCACAUUUUAGCAGCACGUCUCGCUUUUGUCGUCGUUUUUGAAAAUGUGGUCGCUUUCGUGAUUAUAUUAGUAAAAUGGUUAAUUCCGGAUGUUCCAAAAGAACUUAGUGAGCAAAUUCGUCGCGAAGCUUUCGUAACCAACGAAAUUAUUAUUAAACAAGAAGCGAUUCGCGCGAAAACUGCACAAAUUUUCGCACAAAUGGAAAAUGUUAAUACUCCAGCUCCGAAAACGACUUUUACCGAAAUGCCUUCUUCGCCAGAACAAUGGGAUAGGUUAAUCGCUAAAUCUUUAAGUGGUAGUGAUUGGGAUUUAUUAAUGCAAGAUGUUAAUACUGAUAUUAAGGGAAAAUUGAAAUCUCCUACGUCUGUUUAAGAGAUAAGUUUUAUUCUAGUCCAAGAAAAAUAACCAAUGAUUAUUUUUUUAAUAAGUUAUUAAUUAAGGGGGGUGGUUUAAUUUGGAAUUUUUUGUGAUACUAUUGAAUCUUCCUAAUUUUAGUUCCUGUUAUAAACAACUAUCUAAUACGCUAAAUAUUUUAAGAAAUCUUAAUUUUUAUAAAAAACAUGGUGUCUAAGAUUAUACAGUGUAAAAAGCCAAAAAGUUAGCAACAUCCUUUUCCUUUUGGUAUAUUACACUUAAGCCUCUAAAAUUUUGUUUAUAUGCGAUGUUCAUCCAUAUCUUUUGAUCUAAGAUAUUUUCAAGAUACUUCCAAUCCACUGGAAAUACAAAAUCGCUAUUAUAAAUGGAA